GUGAAAGUUUUUUUCAAAAGCACAAGUUAAAACAUUUUGUAUAUUUCUGUUAAAUAGUUUUAAAAAUAUUUCCAGUACAGAUCUUACGACGUUAAGUAUCAAUUAAAUUUAACCGUUCACGUUAUACUUGGUUUGGAAAAGUAAAUUCAUUGUUUUACAGAACAGAAAGCCAUAUAUUGCAUUUGCUUUAAAUAAAGGCUGUCUGAUAAGAAGGAUAGCGUUGCAGAAAAAAACAUAACACCGAAAAAUUUCGGUCUGGAAAAUACUCGAUUGAUUGUGCUGUAAGUAAAAUAUUAUUUUGGCUUAUUAUUACUUCCUUCGUAAGUUGAUCGAAUCACUUUUGCUGAGCAAAAAAUAAAUUUUCUUUUCUUAUUAAUUGAUUACUGUUAAAAUUUUGUUUAUUCUAAGUUUAUUGUUUGGUGAUUGUGCUGAUUAUUAGAGGGGUAUACUUUUAGAUUCAUAAUCUCGAUUCUUUAUUUUUUUUUCACAAAAUAACAGUUGAAUACAUUUUAUUAGCUCGUAGUGACAUGUCACAGAAUACCAUUUCACAUUAUCUAUCGACUUUUCUUCAACACCUUAUUUGCAAUAUUUCACUUUUCAUCACUUAUAUCUUUUCAGGUCAUCUAGUUAUAUCUCAGGCUGAAAAUUUACAUGUAUAGACGAGUAUUAGAUCUAACUACCCGCGACGUGAUAAAAAAGAAAUUGAACUUUAUACGAAGUUAUAUUAUUUUUUCAAUUUUUUGAUCUUAAAAAUGAUAAUGAAGUAAAAAGAAUUUUUUUAAUAUACAACGAAAGAAAAUUGCUAUUUCGAAUUUUUUUAAUGUUAGACUCGGUCCACGAAUGCUCGAAAGUCGUUGCAGCGUUAGUUCAACCCGGAAUCUGGUAAACCCUGCACUCAAUUUUGAAUUUCAAAAUAAGAAAGUAUUAAAAAAUGUAUUUCAACUAAAAUUUUGGAUUUCUGAUUUUCAAUUAAAUUUGAAAUCAGUGGUCGUAAGGGUACAUACGUUACAUAUAUUAUGAAUUACAAGAUUUUCAAUGAUAGGAAAAUCAAGAAUACAAAUAUAGCGAAUAACAGACUAUCGUGAUUAUACUUAAAAUUAUAUGAUAACUAUAAGCUUUUAAUGACAACAAAUAACGGAGUGUCUUAAAGCUUCUACGAUGAAGAGCUUCUAAAAGAAGAUACGAGCUAUGGCAACAAGAGAGGUCUAUUAUUCCACUGUUUAAUCAGUUUUAUUACUGGACAAACGCUGGCGUGUCAUUUGUUGUUUGAGUAUUGUGAAAGAUAUUUUUGAAAACACAAGUUAGAAGAGAGAGUUUGUAUAUUUUUGGUAAAUAAUUUUAAAAAAUAAUUUGAAUUUUUACGUAAAGGGGAAUAUGUUACGACUUAAAAUAUCAAUAAACUUUAACCGUUUACUACAUACUUGGUUUGGAAAUGUAAAUUCAUUGGUUGACAGAAAGCUAUAUAUUGCAUUUGCUAAAAUAAAGGCUGUUAAUUCCAAAAGCUUAUCUGUUAUUGUGGGUGUGAUGCAAUUGCGUGUAUUCUAGGUUUUAAAUGUUUUGUGAUUAAGCUGAAUUUUGGAAGGGUAUAUUUUUAGAUUCAUAAUCUCGAUUCUUAAUUUCUUUUUUCACAAAAUAUUAGUUUAAUUCAUUUUAUUGGCUCGUAGUGAUAUGACACAAAGUACACUUUAUUUGCAAUUUCUCACUUUUUAUCACUCUGUCACAUAUGAUAACUGCUACUUGGCAUAUUUUUGUCUCAUUUUGAAAAAUUGAAAUAUAUGGAUCUUUAAUACUAUGCUAUACUAGUAGUUCUCCUCCAUGCGACAUACCAAGUAAUGUCAUGCAUCGUAAUGUAAGCAUCAAUCUAAACAAAUUGAGAAAUUGCACAAACGCUAAAUUCAAAAGCUAUGCAUCCCUGUGCAUAAAUAAUCAUGUCAUUGACAUGAAUAUCUAUGCAUGGGAAUGCAGAUAAUAUUUUAAAUUUUAUGCUGAUUCACACGAAAUUCAUUUUUUGUUCAUUUUGUAAAUUACUUGUAUAUUUUUAAACCUUACUUAACUGUGUGAAAUCACUGUAAAAGUCUCUUCUUAUCAGAAUGCGUGGUGAGGUUCGAUCUUAACAAAACUUUAAUUCCUACCGUAUGCACUGAGACGUGUAUGACGUAAAUAUCUUUAAGUGGAAAUCUACUAAUAAUAAUAAACAAUCUCACUCGUGUGGAAUAAAAAAGAUACUUGAAAUACUUUUAUUUUUAGAAUUUUUUGCAAGUUUCUCAAUAAAAUGGCUUUAUCAAAAGUUGAGCUUGCUGCAAUGUUGGAAUGCAAGAUUUGUUUGGACACUUAUCAUCAGCCUAAACAUCUAAACUGCGGACACACUUAUUGCCAAGAUUGUCUAGAAGGUAUUUUAGUGUUUAUGGAAGAUGGGAGUGCUGAACUACCUUGUCCAGUAAGAUGUACUAAAAAGACAACAAUUACUCACGAACAAACAACAUCCUCGUUAAUGACUGUGUUUACAUUAACUGGCAUUUUGGACAAAGUGUCACCUAGAGAAAAUGUAAAAUCUUUAUGUCAGCAAAGUAAAGAGUGUAACCAGAUAAUCAGCUAUUCCUGUACAACAUGCAGUUUAAAGAUCUGUGAAAAAUGUCAAAAUCUUCAUUCUUGUUCCAACAAAUCAUAUAUCAAUGUCAUUUUCAAUCAAAAAUUGAAAGAACUUCAACCAUUGUGUAAGCAACACGACUCGCUUGCAAGAUUUGUCUGUAUUGAUUGUGAAAAUUUGUUAACAUGUGCAUAUUGCACACACAGACAACAUAAGAAUCACAGAAUAAAAAAGAUUGAUGAUUUUGGUCUUGAAGCCAAAAAGUGGUUUCAAUCGUUUAUCAGCUCAUUCGAUGAAACAAAAGUGGUGUUGGAAAAGUUAACAAGAAAGUACAGUGACGCUCUAACAAAUUUAGAGAAAGAAAGAGAAGUAUUUGUUCAAAAAUUAAAAGAAAGAAAGUUAAAACGACUAGAAGAAUAUCUCAAAAUGUUAAAUAAAGAAGAAGAAGAUCUAUUGCGGAUAUUCGAUGAGAAAUCUGAAGAAUUUAAAGCAAAAUUGAUUUGUGAUGGUUUUGUCGACAAUAAGAAAGUACAAGAAUUUGCAGAUUACGUUAAAGCUUUCAAUUUAAAAUCUCAUUUUGAGUUAGUUACAGAAAAGUUGGAAAUUGAACGACAACUUCGCAAGAUAUCCUCGUUUCCAAGAACUAUCCCAACAUUCAAUUCACAUCUUCAUCAAAUGAACAAAGCAGAUAUUUUGUCAAAUCCAUUGGGCGAAAUGAAAAUUUCAAUUGAUGAAAUCACCACUGUUGGUGUAGAUCCCAAUGAAUGUUCUGUUUAUAGAAACUUGAUUGAUGAAGAUGAAACCCAACCCAACUAUUCACAAUUAACAACUGAUUUAAUGAAUUUAGUUGAAAGUCUGAAAAAGUACGAGAAACCAAAUGUAAAUCCUCAUUCUGGAAAACAACAGCAGAAUGAUGUAAAGCCAAAAGGUUUCCAGCUUGCUAAGAAGAGUUACUCUUUCGAAGAACUCGAAAAUAUCAUUAUAAAUGGUGAUGUCAAGACAUUUCAAUCAAUUCUUAUUGAUCAUCCAAGUAUCGUUAAAAUGAGAAGUGGUUAUUAUGGAACAACAUUGUUGAUGGAAGCAGCACGUUUCAAUAAACCAUCAAUAGUGAAAUGUUUGAUUGAUGCUGAUAGUGAUGUGUAUGCUGUGAAUGAAUGUAAAACGAAUGCAUAUCACUACAGUGCAUGUUAUGGUUGCCAUGAUGUUUUGAAAGUUUUAAUUAAUCAUGACGUCACAAACAUUAACAAUGUAAGCAGAGACAAUAACACACCAUUACAUUUUGCAUCUUGUGGUGGUCAUACUGAUUGUGUUAAGUUGUUGUUGUCUAUACCACAUAUUGAUGUCAAUAUACGAAACAUAUGGAACAAAACUGCUUAUGAUGUUACUUGUAAUAACACUAUCAAACGUUUAUUACAAGAACAUUAGAAAAAUUAAGAACAUUUUCAGAAAAUUAUAUUUUUUAAUUUACCUAAGCAAAUUAUUAAAGGCACAUAUCGUCUUUUUUAUUAGAACUAUAGGUUAUAGUAGAAUAGGUUUCUUAUUUAUUUAAUAAAUUUACGUUCACGAA